AUGGACCUCCUCAGCGAGCUCCCCGACGAACUCCUCGUCAGUGCAUGGACCUCCUCAGUGCGCUGCCCCGACGAACUCCUCUUCAGUGCAUGGACCUCCUCAGUCGCAGCGGCCGCCCCGCGCAUGGACCUCCUCAGUGCGCUGCCCGACGAACUCCUGGUCACCAUCCUGCAUGGCCUCGACACCCGCUCCGCGCUCGCCACCGCCAUCCUAGCCAAGCGCUGGGCGCGCCUCCCCCGCCAGCUCCGCGCCAUCGACUUUAGGGUCACGGACAUGUUCCCGCCAGCGUACCACGAGUCCGUCGACUUGCUCGAGGAUCACAUGCGCCGCACCAUGGCUAGCUACAACGAUGCCCUCGACAGCUUCAUUGAAGCGGAAGCUGACGAGGAUGGUAACGGAGGCUAUAUUCCCCGGCACCUCGAGAGGCUCCGGCUCGAGUUCUUCGACCCGGACGAGCCCUUCUCCGUUGACCGCCUGAUCGCCAAGGCGGUCACCAACUGGGGCGUGGAGGACCUGGAGGUCCGCGUGAAGCGACCAUCCAGCGCCCGGCGUGCCGCCUACCUCUUCCCCCACGAGCUCCUCAACGACGAGUCGGUGCAACGCAUCCGCAGCCUCACGCUCGGAGGUUUCGACCUCCUCCCGCCGCUGCACGAGUAUGGCGGGCUCACCGCCCUCGUCCUUCAGGACAUCAGCCAGCCGAUGACGGCCUACACAGGAGUGGUCUCCAUGUGCCCGCAGCUGCAGUCCGUGCACCUCAGGCGUUGCCGCGCCAAAACCCACAGCACCAUACCCAGACCCAGAGUCAUGGAGGUGGACGCGCCGGCAUCGGGGCUCAGGGAGCUCGUCGUCCACAGCUGCUCGUUCUCUGUAAUCCGGCUGCUAUCUCUCCCGGCGCUGGAGCGCAUGGAGUGUAGCGGCAGCUUCCUCAUUCUGGCAUUCGGCAACGUCCCGCGCCUCGCGCACGUAAACCUGGACGUGGGCUUCUUCAUCGUCGAGGGUGAGCCCUGGGACAGGUACCAGUACGACUACACGCUGAACAAGUACGUGGCGGCGGUUGUCCCAGCGGCCGCGACGGAGCUCGUCCUCCGGUUCACCGGCACCUACAGGUGGGCCAACCAGUGUCUCGCCGGCGUGACGCCGUUCCUCGGUCUGCGGAGGCUGCUGGUGGCGGACGUGCCUUUCAACUGGGACCUGUCUUGGCCGUGCCUCCUCCUCCUCCUCCAAGCAGCGCCCUCGCUCGAAGUCCUCCACGUCAGCAUCACCGGCUGCGAGGACUCGCGGGGGCGGCAGGCACGCAACGCCUACAACGCCUGGGUUCCAACCAACUUCCGGCACACACAAAUGGAGGAGCUCGUGAUAGUCGGGUUCGAGCUGACACGAUGA